AUGUAUCGUACUGGAAAGUCUUAUAUGAUGAACAAAUUGGCUGGCAUUCAAAAAGGUUUCGAGCUCAGUGCUGCUGUGCAAGCAAAGACCAAAGGUAUCUGGAUGUGGUGUGUCCCCCAUCCCACAAUGAAGGAGCACACGCUGGUCCUGCUGGACACAGAAGGUCUGGGGGAUGUCCGUAAAGGAGACAAGAAAAAUGACCUGAGAAUUUUUUGUCUGUCGGUCUUGCUGAGCAGCGUCCUGGUCUACAACAGCCGAGGAACCAUUGAUGAAGAUGCAGUUGAGAAGCUCCGGUAUCCUUCACAUUCCAGGGAGCUGGCUGAAAUGAUUAAGGUAAAAUCUAAUGAUAAUGAGAAUAACGAGGGGCAGUUCUCCAGACACUUUCCCGCAUUCAUCUGGGUGGUGAGAGAUUUCACCUUGAUGCUGGAGUUGAAUGGAAAGGAGAUCACAGAGGAUGAGUACCUGGAAAACGCUCUGCUACUUGAGGAACAGGAGAACUCAAAGAUACAAGAGCGCAAUCGGAGCAGAGACGCCAUUCGGAUGUAUUUCAACACCCGCAAAUGUUUUGCGUUUGACCUUCCAUCAGGAGAUAAAAACGUUCUUCAGAAGAUGGAUGAGGAAGAGCUCACCCCUAGCUUCAUGGCUCAGUGUCAGAAAUUCUGUGAAUACAUUUAUAAAAAUGCUGAAGUUAAACAUGUGGAUGACAUCAUACUCGUGUCUGGAGAAAUACUGGGGCAGCUAGUGUAUAAGUACACAGAAGCCAUCACUUCUUCCACUGCUAUGUGUAUGGAGGAUGUUGUGAUGAGUAUAUCAGAGAUGAAGAACAGGGCAGCUGUCCGGGAGGCAACUGAGCACUAUGAGAAGAUGAUGAGAGAGAGAGGACAAUUCCCCACUGAGACACUGGAAGAGUUUAUAGAGCUGAGCGCUAAAUUUGAGGAAGAAGCUCUUCAGAUGUUUACAGACAAGUCCUUCAAUGAUCUUGAACUUAAUUUCCAUGCACAGUUUAUGCGGAAUAUAGAGGAGAGAAAGAAAGAAUUUUCUAAAAUGAAUGAAGUGACAUCUCUCAAUUACUGUGAUCAUCUCAUCAAAAAGUAUUCUAAAAGCCUUGAGCAAGCCUUGCAACAAGACUUGUACUCCAAACCAGGCGGGUACCAGAAGUUCCAGGAGGAUAUGGCGAUGAUAGAGGAGAAAUACAACAGUGAACCAAGAAAAGGUGUAGAGGUGGGUAUUGGUGUCCAUGGCCGUGGAUAUGGGGGUACCACCAGUCCUCCUGUAUGGGGCCCAGGCCAGCAAGGGGGCCCAGGCAGCUGGGUGAAUCAGAUGUGGGCAGGGGGGGGGGGUGAUUGGCACUGGGGGGGGCAAUUACUGUAA